GCUUUGAGUUCCUGUUUUGAUCUUCUGGUAUUGCUGAGCUCGCCAGAGGGAUCACUCGGAUUCGAAAGGAAUCUAACACAGCCGUCGAAGGAAACCCAAUCUCACGAUGCCAGAACUAUCAAGUGACAUAGUCGAGGCUAUCACCAAAUCCGUAUCGGAUGGCUUCGAUCAGCAAGUCGCAUACACCCAGAAGCUGAUCCAAUUUGGGGGGCAGCGAGGCGACGAGACGGAGAUCCAAGAGUUCAUUUUUCAGCAAUUUGCCGACAAAGGGUGGAAUCCGGUCAAAUUCGAGAUGGACGAGGAAGCACUCGCGGCUCACGUUGGGGCAGGCAAGUUCAGCCCCACACACUCCCGGGCGCCGAUUGUGGUUGGCGUGCACAAACCGAAGACAACGAAAGGGAAGAGCUUGAUCUUGAAUGGGCAUAUCGAUGUGGUUCCGACUGGACCGGUCGAUAUGUGGGCUCGGGAUCCGUACAGCGGCCAUAUUGAGGGAGAUCGCAUUUACGGUAGAGGUGGUGGUGACAUGAAAGGAGGCCAUGCGUCGAUGCUGUGGGCAAUGAGUGCAUUGCAUCAAGCCGGGCUCCAGCCCGCCGCAGAAGUCAUCAUCGAGUCCGUCGUGGAGGAAGAAUCCACGGGCAACGGGACACUGAUGACGCAUCUGAAAGGAUACAAGGCCGACGCUGUUCUGAUACCAGAGCCGGUUCAGGAGAAGUUGGUGCGGGCAAAUGUGGGUGUUUUAUGGUUCCAGGUCGAGGUCCGCGGGCGACCAACGCACGUGAGAGAGAUGGCCAAUGGAGUCAACGCCAUUGAUGCUUGUUGGAAGGUUGUUGGUACGUUGAGAGAGUUGGAGGAAGACUGGAACAAGAGAAACAUUGGAAAAUUAUACUUCGAGAAGGAACCCCAUCCUCUAAACUUGAAUGUUGCUAUUGUGAACGGCGGCGAUUGGGCAAGCUCAGUUCCCUCCUGGUGCCGAUUCGAUUGUCGCAUCGCAAUCGCUCCUGGUGUCAGUGCAAAAUCGGCUGCAGAUGAGAUAGAGAAGAAGGUGGCAGACUUUGCGAGUGCAGAUGCGUUCCUAAGCAAGAAUACUCCGAAGUUGACGUGGAAUGGUUUCUUCUCUGAGGGUUAUGUGCUCGAGCCGGGCACCGAGGCUGAAGAACUCCUCCGCAAGGCACACCAGAAGGUGACCGGGCAGGAGCUCGAGUAUCAGACAUCGACUGCUUAUCUUGAUGCCCGGAUUCACACCUUAUACGACCGAAUUCCAGCAUUGGUGUACGGAAAUGUGUCGGGGAACAUCCAUGGUGUUGAUGAGUGGGUAAGCAUCGAAAGCUUGAAAAGAACGACAACAGCAAUUGCACUGUUCAUUGCGGAAUGGUGCGGAGUCGAGGAGAUAUAGGGUGGAAGUCCUCUCAUUGAGAUAAUCG